AUGGACUUAGAUCUAGAUGACACAGCAGCCAAACUUGAGAAAAUGUUUAGCAAGGAAUCCACAGAAGAUGUAGGAGACCAGCCCCCAGAAUCAGGCGAGCCCCACAUCACGUCCACAAAUGCUCCUACCACGGCAGCCGCAGACGUGCUCAAACUGAAGCCAGACAUGCCUCUUGCCCAAGUGAAAGUAAACCCUCCGCCCUCAAUCACCAUAAGCGCCACCUUCCUGCCCAACCUGGCUGACCCCGGCAGUCCACAUAAAAACCCCUCCUUGCCACUCAACCCUGAAAUUAGGCAUCAUCAACCAUUUUCCCCUCAAUCUUGCCCAUUCCGCGCCACGACACCCGCGGCCUUGCCUACCACCCCUCAAAUCACCAGCAAGCACCCCCUGAACCCCACUCAACUAGGUCCUUACCACCCAACACUGGCCAGGCACCAACAACGCCCUUGA